AUGGUCGCUUUCGGGCCUGAGACCAUGGUGAUCAACUAUUCAGAACGGUUUACAGUUACUGAAAUGACCGGCUUGUUUUCAUCUCCUCGUCCCAUAAAAGGAGUUCACGGCCAUGGGGAUUUGCGGAAAAAAGAAGUUGUAGGGGAAUAUACAAUCCCUUAUCAACUACAAACAGGGCUUACAAGAUAUGCACCAAUGGCGAAGAAGCCUGGGAGCACAAUUCCCGGAAAGUCGUCACCUGUCCCUCAGUUUCCCGCCAGCGCUUAUGAUAUUGCGACGACAUACCUUCCUGCGCCUAAAAUCCAGACUACAAUCUCUGCCUCUCGGACAUACUCUGUGGUCAGCGUUGAGAAUACUGCCUCCCCGGCGCCACAUCCCCAUGAUAUUCAUAUGAAGAGGUUCUUAGAAAGAUGGAAAGACUAA